AUGGCUAGCAUAUCCAUUCGCGAGUCAAUUCGUUGGCUCCCGGAAGAAGCCACCGAAGCUACUACGACAAUUGUGCUCACUUCUCCAGAGAAGCGCUUUGUCGAUUUAAGAAUUUUUAAUCCUGAGAAGGCUGAAUCCAAAGAUGAAGUCCCGCUGGAGCGCCUUGACUGGGCCAUGGCAGGCACGUCUUCAAGCGUCGCAAUUCCAGAAAGAGGGCCCGAUGCGACACGUUCACAAUGGGUACACUGGAUCGACUCCCGAACAUUGGAUGUGGAAAAUGCGACGGAUGAAGGAUACAUGUCGCCACUUGACGGGAAUCGGGUCCUUGAAGAAGGUACCAUGAUGAACCCGGAAACGGGUCUCCAGACUGACUAUGAGGAAAUAUGGAAUGAUGAGGAGCCCAAAGCUGUCCCCAGCGAUACCGGUAGCCAUAUCGUGGUUCUUGAUUACCAAGGCAAUGACGGCGCAGCUCAGCGUGGUCGCGUGGUCAAGCUGGGCAAGUACUGCCAAGGGCUUUUGCGGGAUGGCGAUGCUAUCACUGCAGAGAGGUGGGAAUGGCGCCAGGACCGCGGAUGGUAUAUGAGUAAGAAUGUCAAUAAGAGUACUCAGAUCCCGUGUGAGCAUGUGCUGGAUAACUGGAACAAGGCCAAGGGGACUACUUUUGAGUACAGCGGUCGCACAUGGACUGUUAUCGAGUCAGAAUAA